AUGGUGGAUUUUUCUAGCAAUCGGUUCCAUGGUGCAAUUCCAUCAUCCUUCUUCCAACAAGCAAAGAACUUGUCUCAUUUCAAUGUCACGAACAACCAAUUCACAGGUUAUAUCCCCUCCCCUAUUUGUGUCCACUCUUCUUCUUUGAUUAGGCUAUUAGAUUUUUCCUACAAUAAUUUUGGAGGCAAUCUCUCUCGCACACUAGGAAACUGUUCCAAACUGGAAGUUUUUCGUGCUGGUCACAAUACCCUCUCAGGAUCACUUCCGGAAGAUAUCUAUAAUUCUACCGCACUAGAAGAACUUGCAAUCCCUGCAAAUUCUUUUAGAGGGGGCAUCAGUAACAGAAUUGUUAAACUUACUAACCUCACAGUCCUUGACCUCUACUUGAAUCAGUUCAGUGGCAUGCUUCCAAUAGAUAUUGGGAAGCUCUCCAAAUUGAAAGUCUUGCUCCUUCAUUCCAACAAUCUAGAAGGUUCUUUGCCACCAUCUUUGCUGAAUUGCACAAACCUUAUGGAACUGAAUCUAGGAUUCAACCUUUUGGACGGAGAUAUCUCAGCUUAUAAUUUCUCUAGACUUGGUCAACUUCGUAAACUUGUCUUCGUCAGUAAUCAUUUUACUGGUAUCUUGCCAAUAAGCCUUUACUCAUGCAAGUCCCUUAGAGCAAUUCAAUUAAGCCACAACAACCUAGAGGGACAAAUACAACCCGAGAUUGCCUCAUUAAAACACUUAUCCUUCCUCGCACUUUCUGGGAACAGACUGACCAAUCUCACAGGUGCUAUGGAUAUAUUGAAGGGCUGCAGAAAUCUCACAGUACUCAUUCUUUCAUACAACUUCAUAGGUGAAGAAAUGCCAGAUGGUGAUCACAUCGCUGACUUUGAUGGGUUCCAAAAUCUUAGGAUUUUGGCUUUGAAUGGUUGUGAGCUAACCGGUCAGAUACCUAUGUGGUUAUCUAAGCUCAAGAAGCUAGAGAUCUUGGAUAUGUCACGUGAUAGAAUCACAGGUUCAAUUCCUACUUGGUUGGGGACUUCUCCAACACUUUUUUCUAUAAACUUGCGGUCCAACCUAAUCUCAGGUCAAAUUCCAAAAGAACUUUGCACACUACCAAUGUUGGUAUCUGAACAAGCUGCAGCUCAAGUAGAUCAUGGUUAUCUUGAAUUGCCUUUCUACGCCUCCCAACCCAUGCCUGAUGCAAGCAUUUUACAGUUCAAUUCUCUGUCUUACUAUCCACCAUCUAUAAUGUUAGGCAACAAUAGCAUCAGUGGCAAUAUACCUACUGAAAUCGGGAAGUUGCAACUUCUCCAUAUAUUGGAUCUCAGCGCCAACCAGGUGUCCGGCAACAUUCCAGACCAAAUAUCGAAUCUCAACAACUUGGAGACUCUGGAUCUUUCAAUGAAUCAUUUGUCAGGAGAAAUCCCAGCUUUAUUGGCGCAUCUUAGUUUCUUGUCAUCUUUAAAUGUCUCAUAUAAUAAUUUGGAAGGAGAAAUACCAAAAAGCACUCAGCUCCGAGGCAUGAAUGUGUCAGCAUUUGAGGGGAAUCCGAAGCUUUGUGGUUCCCCGCUUCUAAAUCUGUGUCAACCAUUCAAUGGUACUGAUUCAGAUGAUGAUAAGAAUGACGGGAAUCAAAUUAUAGGCUUGUCUAUUUCCGUUGUGCUUGGCUUCAUUAUAGGGUUAGUGGGAGUUUGUGGUUCAUUAUUGCUUAUCAAGACCUGGAGGGAUGCAUAUUUCAAUUUCCUGUAUACUGUACAAGAGAGGCUCAAAUUAUGA